AAAGUCCUUAACACCCUGGAAAAUUUUCCCUCAUUUUCUUGGAUAAAAGGGACUGUUUGUGUUUGUUUCCUGAGAAAAAAAGGAAAACCCAAAAUUUUCUCUUUUGUUUUAAAGUAGAAAAUGACCGUGAAGAAGAAGAUCACAUGGAAAUCACUAAUGCCAAGCUGUUACAAAAGCAAAGACUCAUCAGAUUCGGGGGAAAACAGAUUGAAAUUGAAACCAUGCCAGUUCCAAAGAAUAUCACUAUCAGAUGUGAGUGAUCCAAGUUCACCAAUCUGUGUUAAUGAUCUUUCAACAUCACUCUUUGGUUCAAAUCUUUAUGUCUUCACAUUAGCCGAGUUAAGGCUAAUAACCCACAAUUUUGCACGGUGUAACUUGCUUGGUGAAGGAGGGUUCGGACCAGUGUACAAAGGGUUUGUUGAUGAUAAGCUUAGACCUGGUUUAAAGGCUCAACCUGUAGCUGUUAAAACACUUGAUUUGGAUGGCUUGCAAGGUCAUAGAGAAUGGCUGGCUGAAAUUAUCUUCCUUGGACAACUUAGGCACCCUCAUUUGGUUAAAUUGAUUGGUUAUUGUUAUGAAGACGUGAACCGGCUUCUCGUCUACGAGUAUAUGCCGAGAGGCAGCUUGGAGAAUCAACUCUUUAGAAGGUAUUCAGCUACUUUGCCAUGGUCAACUAGGAUGAAAAUUGCUUUAGGAGCAGCAAAGGGAUUAGCUUUCCUGCAUGAAGCUGAUAAACCAGUGAUAUAUAGGGAUUUUAAAUCAUCAAACAUUUUGUUAGAUUCUGAUUAUAAUUGCAAGUUAUCGGAUUUCGGGUUAGCAAAAGACGGUCCAGAAGGGGGAGAAACGCACGUAACGACCCGAGUGAUGGGCACGCAAGGAUAUGCUGCGCCGGAGUAUAUCAUGACCGGCCACUUGACAACAAUGAGUGAUGUUUACAGCUUCGGGGUCGUUCUCUUGGAGCUAUUAACAGGGAAACGAUCGAUGGAUAACACCCGCCCGAGUCGAGAGCAGAGCCUUGUGGAAUGGGCAAGGCCAUUAUUGAGGGACCCUAAGAGGCUUGACAGGGUAAUAGACCCUAGGCUUGAGGGACAAUAUUCCAACAAAGGGGCUCAAAAAGUGGCUGCAUUGGCUUACAAAUGCUUGAGCCAUUACCCCAAACCAAGGCCUACAAUGGGGGAUGUGGUCAUAGUCUUGGAAUCAGUGCAAGGGUUUGAAGAUGAAUUUGUGGGACCAUUUGUGUAUGUGGUGCCUAAUGAAGCCGAUGAUAGCAACGAAUUUCUCGCCAAGAAAGGGGAAAACGAACACGAUUCGCCUCUUCGUGGUUGGAGAAAUCGGAUCAAGUUGCCGCCUUCUUCGGUAGCUAAUGCCGAAUCUCCAUGUAGUAUAUGAGAAUUUGAGGCAUAAUAUAGUUGGUUGAAAUUUACCUAUACAUAUGGUUGUAAAUAUUGUCAAAGGAAAACAGCUAGAGGAAAAACACAAGUAGAAAAAUUGAGUUGAAACAGCAUCAACUUAUCUAGUAUUCUGAAAAUAAUAGCUGAAGAGGGUACUUUGAAACAAACCAAAUGUUCUUUGGUAAUCAUUUUUCUAAGAUUCCAGAGAAUUCGAGUUAAUUGUAUCAAGCAUCUUCAAAAUUAUCAUCCA